AUGAAUAAUGACUAUUCUGUAAAACAAUUGAAAAAAGAUAGCCUUUCAAAGAAAACAAAUGAAGAGAAUGAAGGACCAAAGAAAACAAUUGAGAGAGUUGAAGAAUUAAAGAAAGAGAAUGAAGAAUUAAAGAAAGAGAAUGAAGAAUUACAACAACAAUUAUGUAAAGGUUAUACUAAUACGCUUAAAGAAAGUCCUGAAAGUUUUUGUUUUUUAAAACAGUAUACACAAUUAAAAUCAUUAAGCCUUAUUGUUGAAUAUCAAAGAAAUGAUGAGAUUACUGGUGAAUUAUUAUUUAAAAUUGUUAAAGAUAAAAGAAAUAUUAUGUUUGUUAUUACCUCAACUUCUGGUAAUGUUUUUGGCUCAUUUCAUUCAAAAAUUCCACAAAAAAUGAAUAGUUAUGUAUUUAAAGAUAAACAUAUGUUUGUGUUUUCAUUAAAAAAUUCAAACAAAACUGGAGAAGUUUGUUUUAUCCCUCGAGAAACAAAUCACCAUCUUUUAUUCUUUCCAAGAGAGAAAGAUUCAUUAUUCUAUAUAUUAGGUUGUUGGGAUAUUAAAACAAAUGAUUGUGUUAUUGACUCAGUUAAGUAUAGUGGAAAACACUUUUUUGACUGUUUUAAUUCAGAACAAUGUUUUGAAUUUGAAAAAGAAAAUCAUUUUCAAUUUGUUUAUAUCAGAGUGUAUCAAUGGAACAGCUAA